UUCAAACCAUCUGUCAGACAUUUGAUAUGCUGUAUAGAGAAGGAAAUUUUGUCGUAUAUAAGAUAAACUGUGAUAACCUCAGUUACGUCUUUGAUGAGGGAUUAAACCACCUAAUUUUAACCAGUGACACACAAUUGCAAAUAAUAAAUAACAAUGGACGUUGAUACCAGGCAUUGAAAUAUACGCAGUUAAGUACGUCUCUGAUUUUGACGUAUUCAAACUUCUAAACACUCAAAACCGGCUCUACUAUGGAGACAAAUAAUUAUCCCACCAUGCCCACGAUGAACGGGCUGGUGAAAUUCACCAAGCUAAGGUCAGCGAUAGAUCCAGGAUUCUGGGCAAAGCUCUCAGAGUUGAAACUGGACAGUCUCAAGCUCAACGACCAGAUUAAGAUUCCUUUGUGGGCCAGCUACAACCUGGAUCGACAGAGCGACAGGCAGGGUCGCCCUUUGAAGUUGGAUUGCACUUCGUUCAAUGAGAGCGUCGAGAUGACAUCUCAUAGAUCAGUCGUUGCCUGCUCUGGUCUUCUGGUCAAUACUAAUACUUACGAGUCUUUUCGUGAGAUAAAACCUGAGAAAUUCAUCAGCGACGCAAGUGUUUCCUUGCUAGAGUCGAUCAAGGAUGGAAGCGCGGUACGAGAACCGUGUCGUCUCGCUUUCUUCAUCUUAUUGUCAUUCGCAGAUUUAAAACGCUACAGGUUUCAUUACUGGACUGCCCAUCCGACAUCUUUCAACUUGCCCGAGCUUUAUCAUGUCAGCAAUCCACUGGCUGCGGGGUCUCAGCUAUUAACUGAUCAGUUGGCGCAGUUGACAAGCGGCUUUUUGGCAUUAGACAGUAAGCAAAAAGCAUUCUUUACCGUGCUUGUGUCUGGAUCAGCUAAUUUGCAUGUCGAGCAUCUUAGCAAAGGGAUCGAUUUGUUCGAGAAGAAAUCUACUGCAGAUUUAAGUGUGGAGCAGUGCGAAGAAGAGAUUUACUUUGGCUUCUACGAUCCUUGCAACAGUCCCGAACCUGGUUGGCCUUUGCGAAAUUUGCUCUGCUUAUUAUUUUGGCAUUGCCCAAAAGCAUCUUUCAACAGUGUUAUCAAAGUCAUUGCCAUGCGAGGACCGGAUGCUAAAGAUGCUGUAAUUUUUACCAUGAAAGCUAAGGAAUAUGAAAACAAAACGGAAACUCGGGAGAUUAUUUUUGAAGGGCGAUUCGUUGGGUGGGAAAGAAGUCACAGUGGUAAAAUGGGUCCCAACAUAAUUGACUUAUCCGACUCCAUGGACAUUGUUAAACUAUCGGAAAGAGCGGUGAACCUUAAUUUGAAGCUGAUGAAAUGGCGGUUAGUACCUGAAUUGAAUUUGGAGAAGAUCAGCAAAACACGCUGCCUACUAUUAGGUGCUGGAACUUUGGGAUGUUCUGUAGCCAGGGUGCUCCUUGGGUGGGGUAUUCAGAAAUUGACUUUGGUUGAUGGCUCCACUGUUUCACAGAGCAAUCCUGUUCGUCAAAGUCUCUAUACUCACACGGAUGCUGUAGAACGGCGUUACAAGGCAGAAGCAGCCAAGGAUGCCUUGCUUCGAAUUCAUCCUAGUCUGGAUGUAGAGAGCGUAAUACUCCAGAUUCCGAUGCCAGGUCAUGUAGUAGGGCCGAGUAUGAUGGAUGCAACUAGGUCAGCAGCGAAGAGGCUUGAGGAGCUUGUGACGCGACAUGAUGUAAUUUUUCUCCUAUUGGACUCUCGUGAAGCUAGAUGGUUACCUACACUUCUGGCUGCGGUUCAUGGAAAAUUGGUGAUCAAUGCUGCGCUGGGAUUUGACUCUUAUACAGUCCAACGACAUGGUACACGUGAUAACAUGAGACCCGAUUCUCCAGACUUCACAAUACACAAUCCUGCUGGUGCAGAAUUGGGCUGUUACUUUUGUAACGAUAUAACACAACCUGGAAACUCCCAAAUGGACAGAACUCUGGAUCAGCAGUGUACUGUGAGUCGUCCUGGUCUAGCGCAAGUUGCAGGCGGCCUUGCAGUUGAACUAAUGGUCUCACUGACUCAGCAUCCAGAAUAUGCUGAAGCAAGAGCGUUGAUUGCUGACAAUAGAGGUGAGCCACGCUUAGAUGUCGAGCACGGAGGAGCUGGUCUCCUAGGAGGUGUUCCACAUACCAUUCGAGGAUCUCUUUGGAAUUAUGGAACACAUUUAACCGUGACACACAGGUUUCCAGCCUGCACUGCUUGUUCUACGCCUCUGAUUACCGAGUACCGCAAAAAAGGAUUUGACGUUAUCCUAGACGCUUGCAAUGAGCCUAACUACUUAGAACGUUUGACUGGUCUUGAUGAUCUUCUGAAGCGACCUGACCUGGACGAACUGUGCUACGCAAUUGAUUCUUCAAGUGAGGACGAGGAUGGAAGACCAGGGCAACCAACUCAUACGUGAAAUCAUAGUAUAAGUCAAACAGUUUGUAAAUAUACAAAUUUCACAAUAAUCUUAUGCUUCUUCCAACUUGUAUUUCUCCCCAGAAAAUUGAGAGCUUUGAUUUCAUUUGAUUUCAGUCCAUGCGAAGCCAGAUGUCUAACCAGUAUUUUAUCGCUUUUCCUCGCGGCAAAGUCCCAUUUGAUCUGUUUCGAUUAUUUAUUGGUAACUCCUGUUUUCUGUGUGUAUGGUUUAGGUUCCGCCAGAAAUAGUUCGAUUAGAAAUUUCCCGCAGGUAUUUCCGAAAAAAAACUGUUUAAUUUCAAGGAAACAACGAAGGGAAGAAAUACAAUUUUCUGCACAUGGAUAUCAAAAUAUAUUGCCAAUCAAAUAUAC